AUGGGAAAGGAUGGUCUGAGCGACGACCAGGUCUCGUCGAUGAAGGAGGCUUUCAUGCUCUUCGACGCCGACGGCGAUGGCAAAAUCGCUCCGGCUGAGCUCGGGAUCUUAAUGCGAUCCCUCGGCGGGAACCCGACCCAAGCCCAGCUGAAAUCCAUCACCGCAUCCGAAAACCUCUCGGCUCCUUUCGAUUUCAACCGAUUCUUAGAUCUCAUGGCGAAGCACCUGAAGACGGAGCCUUUCGAUCGCCAGCUCCGCGACGCAUUCAAAGUGCUCGACAAGGAAGGUACGGGGUUCGUGGCAGUGGCAGAUCUGAGGCACAUUCUCACCAGCAUCGGCGAGAAGCUGGAGCCUAACGAGUUUGAUGAGUGGAUCAAGGAGGUGGAUGUUGGAUCCGACGGGAAGAUCCGGUAUGAGGAUUUCAUAGCCAGGAUGGUCGCCAAGUGA